UACCUACUUCUUUGGUUGCUAGCUCGUUUCUGCCAGCUCUUCUAUGACGGUAACAUACUUCUUAUCUAGUUGGCGGAGAAACAUACACACGCAGGCUGUCACAGCCGAGGUUUGUAGACGGGGAGUUGUCCCUCGUAGGCGGCAGCCUCCCUCCCCAGCCGCGCUUUGUUCCCACGCUGCUCGCAAGGUGGCUGCUUUGCAAGGCAGCGCAAUGCAGGAACCCUGGAACCGCGCCGUUAAAGGUCUGACUGAUAUUGUGGGCUUCCUGAACCUGAGGUCCAAAGACGGCGGCAGCAGCCCGCAGGCAGCGGCAGCGGUAGAGGCGGCCAAUGCGGAGACUUUACUACCAGAUGAAAAAGAAUUUCAGCAUGCAGCUAAAACCAAUAAUCUGGAUACCAUGGAAAGACUGUUUAGGAAAAAUGUUAAUAUUAAUGCUGUAAAUAUUCUGAAGCGCACAGCACUCCAUUUUGCUGUUGCUGGAAAUCACAUAUCUGCAGUAGACUUUCUUCUUCAUCACAAAGCUAGAGUUAAUAUAGCAGAUAAGCAUGGACUCACUGCAAUUCAUCUUGCUGCAUGGUCUGGAAAUUUGGACAUAAUGCUGAUUUUGAUUAAAGCAGGUGCUGAUCAAAAGGCGAAAAACCAGGAGGGAAUGAAUGUCCUCCACUUUGCAGCACAGAACAAUAAUGUUAAAAUAGUGGAUUAUUUUAUCCAAGAUCUUCACCUGAUGGAUCUUAAUAAACCUGAUGAGAAAGGCAGAAAACCAUUCCUUCUGGGAGCUGAAAUGGGCCAUGCAGAAUUGAUAAAUGAGCUGAUUUCCCUUAACUUAUUCACCUCAGGAAAGGACAAUGAAGGAAACACUGCAUUGCAUCUGGCUGCUAAAAAUGGUCACAGCGAGGUGGUAGAAGUUCUCCUUCAACAGUGGGAAGAAAUCGAUGACUUAAAUCAGAAUGGUGAAACCCCAUUUUAUCUGGCUGUUGAAGGAGGGCAUGAAAAAUGUGCUGAUCUCUUACUGGAAGCAGGAAGUGACAUCAAUAUUUCAAACAAACACAAUACCAGUGCAUUGCAAAUAGCAACCCAAAAUGGACAUACAGCUUUGGUCAAAUUUCUUAUCAAUAAAAAUAUAGAUCUGGGGGCACAACCUCAGCAAAAAAAUCCUGCUCUCCAUUUGGCCAUCUUAAAAAAUAAUCUACCUGUGAUAAAUAAUUUAAUAGAUGCUAACCAUGACAUAAACUCUCUUGAUCAGAGACAUCAAACACCUUUACACCUUGCAGCAGACCUUGGAAAUGUGGAAGUAACUGAAAUGCUGCUAAAGGCUGGUUGUGACUUGAACACUGUGGAUAAGCAAGGAAAAACUGCACUAGCUGUAGCUUCCAGGAGCAAUCAUGCAUUGAUUGUAGAUAUGAUUAUAAAAGCAGAAAGGUAUUACACCUGGAAACAGGAGCACCUUCAAAGUGGUGGUGAUCUGCCAAAUGAUAUCCUAACUUUUAAACAAGAUCACAGCAUGCAGACCAAACAGAUUCGCUCCUCCCUUUGGAAACUGGCUUAUAAUCAGUUAAAAAUGCAUGAGUGGACAAAACUGGCACAAUUCUGGAAGUUUACAGAUGAGCAGAUCAAAGCUAUUGAAGAACAGUGGACAGGGAAAAAGAGCUACAAGGAGCAUGGACACAGAAUGCUUCUAAUCUGGUUGCAUGGUGUCCUAAUGGCUGGCCAGAAUCCAGUUAAAUAUUUAUAUGAAGAUCUGGUGAAAGGAGGAUUCAGAGAGCUAGCUGAAAGCUUCUCUUUGUAAAGGUAAGUUUUAAAGAAAUAUAAAUCCAGAUUAAAGUUUCUCUCCUCAUAUUUCUGCAAGUAGACAUCUGUAAAAAACCUAUUGCCAUUUUAAACAAAACAUUUUUCCAGAAAGGUGUAAUGGUAUAAAAUUACAGAAAUUGUACAUUAUAUUAGGAGCUAAAGGACUGCACAUACCCUUGCCUCACUGGAACCUGCUGUGUUCUUCAAAAAGCCGCUCCUGAAAAUCUGGGACCCCUUUGAAAUGGCAGUCAAUGCAGUGCAGCUGGAAAGGAAUAUGGACAAGUUCCCUGCAUGCAAUGCCUUAGAUGCACACAACUUCCUCUUUGGAUCCUGGCCAAUAAUAUCCCAGAUCAAUCACUGAGAUCAUCCGGAGGAGAGCAGUUAGCUGUCCAUUUCUGAACUUUGACUGGCUUCAACCAGAAGUUGGGCAUUUAGCGUCGCUGGUCCCUUGUUGUAGGAUACUUUUCCAGCAGAGAUUGAGUAGGCAUCCUUGCUAUUGAAUUACAGGUGUCUCUUGAAGGCCUUUUUAUGCCAAAAGGCCUUUUUAUGCCAACAGGCCUAUUCAAUUUAAAAGUUUUCAAGAUGAGCCAGUUAUUUUUAGGAGUAUUUUGUAUUGUUUUUAUGGUAUUUUGUGUUUUAUUUUUAUUACUUGUAAGUUUUGUUGUAUACCAAAACUGUUAUCUUAUAGGAGGCUAUACGUUUUUCUGUAAAUAAGUAAAAUAAAUAACUCUUAAAUAAUCCUAAGCAUGCUUACUAGUAAAAAAAAAGUCCCACUAAGUUCAGUGUGACUUUAAGUAAA